AUGGUAACACCAGAGGCUGCUGUUUCUGUUGUUUUGGAUGCUGCUGCUGUUCCUGUGGAGCAGAUGAUGGCGGCAUCUGAAAGAUCCACUUGCACAUUUGAGGCACUGUUGGAUUUCUUUAUCGAUGUCAGCCUUUUGCGAGAGAUGGCUUCUGAGAUGCACGUUAGGUUGAGUGUUUUUGAGUACAUCAUUUACACGUGCUGUAGCAGUGUGGGAGGAGGAAAUAUGAAUAAUGAACGUCUUGAAAGGAGACCUAUUGCAUAUGUUUAUAACUCUAUUAAUGAAGCUUUAACACAGAAUCAGUCACCAAACCUGACACCAUACUGUAGCAUGAUUCAGCCCCCAGCUACAGAACAUGAAACCGAUUCUUUAACAUACCUAGAGGCAGGACAUAUUGCAAUAGCAGAAAAUUUUCUUGCAAGGAAGUAUUAUUCAGGAAAUGACAACAGUGAAGCCCUUCCUGAGUCUAUCCCAUCUGCUCCUGGAACAUUACCUCAUUUUAUGGAGGAACCAGAUGAUGCAUACAUUAUUAAAAGCAAUCCCAUUGUCUUGCGUUGCAAAGCCAUGCCAGCUAUGCAGAUUUUCUUCAAGUGCAAUGGUGAAUGGGUCCACCAAAAUGAGCAUGUCUCUGAGGAAAGCAUGGAUGAAACUACAGGCUUGAAGGUUCGAGAGGUGUUCAUCAAUGUGACAAGGCAGCAAGUGGAGGAUUUUCACGGGCCAGAAGAUUACUGGUGUCAGUGCGUCGCAUGGAGUCAUCUAGGGACCUCAAAGAGCAGGAAGGCAUCAGUCCGCAUAGCCUAUUUACGGAAAAACUUUGAGCAAGACCCACAGGGGAAGGAGGUUCCUAUUGAAGGGAUGAUUGUCCUGCAUUGUCGGCCACCAGAGGGAGUGCCUGCUGCUGAGGUGGAAUGGCUUAAGAAUGAGGAGCCUAUUGAUUCCAACCUGGAUGAGAACAUUGACACCAGGGCAGAUCAUAAUCUCAUCAUCCGCCAGGCCCGUCUGUCUGAUUCUGGGAACUACACCUGCAUGGCUGCCAAUAUAGUGGCCAAGAGAAGGAGUAUGUCUGCAACCGUGGUGGUGUAUGUGAAUGGAGGCUGGUCGUCAUGGACAGAGUGGUCUAACUGUAAUGUGCGGUGUGGUCGAGGCUGGCAGAAGCGAUCCCGGACCUGUACCAACCCUGCUCCACUCAAUGGGGGAGCUUUCUGCGAGGGAAUGUCAGUGCAGAAAAUUACCUGCACUUCACUUUGUCCUGUGGAUGGUAGCUGGGAGGUAUGGAGUGAAUGGUCAGUCUGCAGCCCAGAAUGCGAACAUUUGAGAAUUCGGGAAUGCACUGCUCCUUCCCCACGAAACGGAGGAAAAUUCUGUGAAGGCUUAAGUCAAGAAUCUGAGAAUUGCACCGAAGGACUUUGCAUUCAAGAUAAAAAACCUCUUCAUGAAAUAAAACCCCAAAAUAUCGAGAAUGCCAGCGAUAUUGCCUUGUACUCGGGUCUGGGAGCCGCAGUCAUUGCUGUAGCUGUGCUGGUAGUGGGCGUUACUCUCUAUAGACGGAGCCAGAGCGAGUAUGGUGUGGAUGUGAUUGACUCAUCUGCGCUGACAGGAGGCUUCCAGACAUUUAAUUUUAAAACAGUCCGGCAAGGUAACUCCCUCCUUCUGAACUCAUCCAUGCAGCCUGACCUGACAGUGAGCAGAACAUACAGCGGACCCAUCUGCCUGCAAGACCCCAUGGACAAGGAGCUCAUGACAGAAUCAUCACUCUUUAACCCCUUGUCAGACAUCAAGGUCAAAGUUCAGAGUUCAUUCAUGGUUUCUUUGGGGGUGACAGACCGGGCUGAAUAUCAUGGAAAGGCACAUUCUGGGACAUUUCCUCACGGGAACAACAGAAGCUUCAGUACAAUACAUGCCAGGAACAAAACCACUUAUAUUCAGAACCUUUCCUCUUUUUCCACAAGAAGCGAGCUGAGAACGACUGGGAUUUUUGGCCAUCUGGGGGGCCGGUUAGUGAUGUCAAACACAGGGGUCAGUUUGCUGAUACCACAUGGUGCUAUCCCUGAAGAGAGUUCAUGGGAAAUUUAUCUUACCAUUGGUCAAGGGGAAUCCAGCCUCCAGCCAGAAAGCACAGAAGUUCUUCUUGGUCCAGAAGUAACUUGUGGCCCUCCAGAUGUGACUGUCACCACUCCUUUUGCCUUGACUAUACCACACUGUGCAGAAGUAAAUUCUGAACACUGGACCAUUCACUUGAAAAAAAGAACGCAACAAGGGAAAUGGGAGGAAGUGAUGUCCGUGGAAGAGGAAACUACUUCUUGCUACUGUCUGUUGGAUCCUUACGCCUGCCACAUUCUCUUAAACAGCUUUGGAACUUAUGCUCUUGUUGGAGAGCCCGUCUCCGACUGUGCUGUUAAACAGCUGAAAGUAGCAGUCUUCGGCUGCUUGUCUUGCAAUUCGCUGGAUUACAAUUUGCGAGUAUAUUGUGUGGAUAACACUCCUUGUGCAUUUCAGGAAGUGGUUUCAGAUGAAAGACACCAAGGAGGACAGUUACUGGAGGAACCGAAGUUGCUGCAUUUCAAAGGGAAUACCUUCAGUCUUCAGAUAUCUGUCCUCGAUAUCCCCCCUUUCCUCUGGAGAAUUAAACCUUUCACUGCAUGUCAGGAGAUCCCUUUCACUCGUGUGUGGUGCAGUAACCAGCAGCCACUGCACUGUGCCUUUUCGCUGGAGCGUUAUACUCCUACAACCACGCAGCUGUCCUGCAAGAUCUGUGUUCGACAAGUCAAGGGCCACGAGCAGAUCCUACAGAUCCAGACAUCUAUUCUAGAGAAUGAAAGAGAAACUAUCACCUUUUUUGCACAUGAUGACAGCAACUUCCCUGCACAGACUGGUCCAAAGGCCUUCAAAAUCCCAUACUCCAUUAGACAGAGAAUAUGUGCAACAUUUGACACACCCAAUGCCAAAGGCAAAGACUGGCAGAUGUUAGCACAGAAAAACAGCAUCAACAGGAAUCUCUCUUACUUUGCUACACAAAGUAGUCCAUCUGCUGUCAUUUUGGACCUCUGGGAAGCCCGACAUCAGCAUGAUGGUGACCUUGACUCCCUAGCCUGUGCUCUGGAAGAGAUAGGAAGGACACACUCCAAAAUCUCAAACAUUACAGAAACUCAGAUCGAGGACUCCGACUUCAACUACAGUAGACAGAAUGGACUUUAG